AUGGCCCGGAUGUUCCUCACCCACUUUGGAACCGGACCCACUGCAGGGGCCCGAGAAGCCAAAGUGGGCAAAGGAGGCUCCUGUGAAGACAAACUAACAGGCUGGUUAGUAGCACAGGAGCACAGUGAGGAGCCCCUGCAGGUGUGUCAGGAGGCUCCUCAUGAGGAACAGUACAUCCACCACCUGGUGGUUCAGGCCAAAGUCAAGAAGGUCAAGUAUGAUGGAGGAGCUGAGACAGAUCAACACUGGAGUCCAGAGAGCAAGAAGAUGAUUGAGUCUCUGGGAAAACUGGCUUUUGAGCAGCUGCAGAAAGGAAACCUGAUCUUCUAUGAAUCAGACCUGACAGAGUGUGGCAUCGAUGUCAGAGAAGCCUCACUGUACUCAGGAGUGUUCACUCAGAUCUUUAUAGAGGAGAGUGGGCUGUACCAAGACAAGGUGUUCUGCUUCAUCCAUCUGAGCGUUCAGGAGUUUCUGGCUGCAGUCUACAUGCUCCACUGUUAUGCCAACGGCCACAAGGAGGUGCUGGAGGACUUCCUGGGAGAAGACUGGAAAGACGAGAACACAUCUCUGGAUUCCUUUCUGAGCACAGUCAUGAAGAAAUCCCUCAGAAGUAAAAACGGUCACUUGGACCUGUUUGUUCGCUUCCUUCAUGGCCUCUCUCUGGAGUCCAACCAGAACCUCUUACGAGGCUUCCUGGGUCAGACAGAGAACAGUCCAGAAAUGAUCCAGAGAGUCAUCAACAACCUGAAGGAGAUGAGCAGUGAUGAAAUGUCUCCUGACAGAAGCAUCAACAUCUUCCACUGUCUGAUGGAGAUGAAGGAUCUCUCAGUGCAUCACGACAUCCAAGAGUUUCUGAAGUCAGAAAACAGAUCAGAAAAGGAACUCUCUGAGAUCCACUGCUCAGCUCUGGCCUACAUGCUGCAGAUGUCAGACGAGGUUCUGAAUGAGUUGGAAGUAGGGAAGUACAGCACAUCAUUAGAGGGACAACGGAGACUGAUCCCAGCUGUGAGGAACUGCAGAAAGGCGAGAUUUGUUUACUGUGGACUCUCAGAGACUCACUGUGAAGUCAUUGCUUCAGCUCUGAAGUCCAACCCCUCCCAUCUGAGAGAGCUGGACCUGAGUGGAAACUACAGCCUGUGGGAUACAGGAAUGAAGGCGCUUUCUGCUGGACUGCAGAGUCCAAACUGUAAACUGGAGACGCUCAGCUUGAAGAACUGCAGUUUGUCAGAGGUCAGUUGUGCUUUUGUGAGCUCAGCUCUGAAGUCUAACCCCUCCCAUCUGAAAGAGCUGAACAUGGGUGGAAACGAGCUGCAGGAUUCAGGAAUGAAGCAGCUGUGUGGUCUUGUGGGGAGUCCAGACUCUAAACUGGAGACUCUGAGAUUGAUGGACUGCAGUUUGUCAGAGAUCAGCUGUGAUUGUCUCUGUUCAGCUCUGAUGUCCAGUGCCUGCCCUCUGACAGAGCUCAAUCUGGCUGACAACAGGCUGCAGGAUUCAGGAGUGAAGCAUCUGUGUGGUUAUCUGGAGAGUCUACACUGUAAACUGGAGACUCUGGAAUUGGAGCGCUGCAGUUUGUCAGAGAUCAGCUGUGAUUCUCUGAGCUCAGCUCUGAAGUCCAACCCCUCCCAUCUGAAACAUCUGGACCUGAGUAACAACUGGCUGCAGGAUCCAGGAGUGAAGCAUCUGUGUGGCUUUCUGAAGAGUCCAGACUGCAGCUUGGAGACUCUGAGAUUGUUGGACUGCAGUUUGUCAAAGAUCAGCUGUGAUUCUCUGGUCUCAGUUCUGGAGUCCAACCCCUUCCAUCUGACUGAACUGGAUCUGAGUAAAAACCAGCUACAGGAUUCAGGAGUGAAGCAGCUGUGUCGCUUUCUGGAGAGUCCACACUGCAGACUGGAGACUCUGAGAUUGAGGCGUUGCAGUUUGUCAGCGAUCAGCUGUACUUCUCUGUGCUCAGCUCUGAAGUACAAGUCCUGCCCUCUGAGAUAUCUGAACCUGGGAGAAAACAAGCUGGAGCAUGCACAUGUGAAGCAACUGUCUGAUCUUGUGAAGAGUCCACACUGCAGACUGGAGACUCUGAGAUGGGAAUGGCUAUCUGUAAAAAGGUGAAAAUGAUCAGGACGACGUGUGCUGAGAGGAUGAACUGUGUCCUGGUGAUCCACAGAGGUUAAAGCAGCAGCAGCAGCUCGUGUGCAGAAAAGUUCUUACUGGUCCAUGUGACUGCAAGGUGAAGAGGAGAGCUUCAUACAGCAGUGACU